UGCUCUCAGUUCGACACAAUCUACGGAUUGCGUCGCAUGUGGUACCAACGGGAAGUAUAACAAUAAUCGUGGCAUUGAGAAGUUUCGAUAUUCACUUAUUAUUAUAAAUAGAUAUUAUAAAUAGAUAUCGGUAAGUACCUACCUAUGGAGAAUUUGGAAGAUUUCCUACCUCAAAACAGAGAAACGUCGUUGGUGUUCUUUGUAAAUGGGAAAAAGGUUAUAGAGCCUUCUCCGAAUCCAGAAUGGACGUUAUUGUGGUAUUUACGGAGAAAGCUUCAGCUGACUGGAACAAAGUAUGGCUGUGGCGAAGGUGGCUGCGGUGCUUGUACGGUCAUGAUAUCACAAUACUUACAACCGGAAAAACGCGUCAAGCAUAUAGCGGUAAAUGCCUGUUUGAUGCCAUUAUGCGCAAUACACGGCUUUGCUGUUACUACGGUUGAAGGAAUUGGCAACACGCAAGACAGAUUACAUCCUGUGCAAGAGAGGAUAGCUAAGGCUCAUGGUUCUCAGUGUGGAUUUUGCACGCCAGGCAUUGUUAUGUCCAUGUAUGCCUUGCUUAGAAAUAAAUCUAAAAUUGACUAUGACGACAUUGAAACGGCGCUACAAGGCAAUUUGUGCAGAUGCACUGGAUAUAGACCUAUCGUUGAGGGAUUUAAAACUUUUAUGGAAGCAUGGGAAGGCGUUAACAAUGUAAAAGGUCAAAACAAGCCUUGCUCAUUGGGCAAUGAUUGCUGUCGAUUGAAGAAGGAUGAUGAUGAGGAACUGUUUACAAAAUCGAAAUUCUUGCCCUACAGCCCAACGCAGGAACCAUUAUUCCCUCCUGAAUUAGUAUUAGAACAUGAUAGAUAUGCUAAAAGCUUUUUGAUUUUUAGAGGUGAAAACGUUACGUGGGUUCGACCGCAAACACUUGAAGAAUUACUUUUUAUUAAAAGCAAGUUUCCGGAGACUAAAAUUGUAGUAGGUAAUACGGAAAUAGGAGUGGAAGUAAAAUUUAAAAAGAAAAUCUAUCCAAUACUACUCUCCCCGUCAGCGAUAGAGGAAAUGAAUAAAAUAUCCGUAACAGACAAGAAAAUUGUUAAAGUUGGUGCUGCUGUGACUUUGACAGAAUUACAAGACUUUUUAAAAGAUUACAUUCAAGAGAAUAGUGCGGGUACGAAAACCUUUAAAGCUAUCGUAGAUAUGUUGCAUUGGUUUGCAGGGAGUCAAGUUCGUAAUGUUGCAUCUCUAGUUGGUAAUAUUAUGACCGCUAGUCCAAUAUCAGAUUUGAAUCCAAUACUUAUGGCUUGUUCUUCUUUACUUACAAUUUCAAGCCUGGAUAAAGGUACCCAAAAAGUGAUAAUAGACCAAUCAUUUUUCACUAGUUACAGAAAAGUAAAAGUUACAGAUAAUCAAGUAGUUCUAGCGGUGGACAUUCCUUUAACAGAAGAAACGCAGUAUUUUAAAGCUUACAAACAAGCUAGACGAAGAGAUGAUGACAUAUCUAUAGUAACGGCAGCAUUUAAUGUUAAAUUAGAUAAACAUACGAAUAUAGUCAGUGAAGCAAAAUUGUGUUAUGGAGGUAUGGGUCCUACGACAAUAUGUGCUGAAAAAUCUUCUGAUAAAAUAAAAGGUUGCUACUGGAAUAAGGAUUUAAUUAAAAUAGUAUUUGAUUCUCUGAAUGAGGAAUUACAGCUAGAUAGUUCUGCACCAGGAGGAAUGGCUGCAUAUCGCAAAUCUCUUUGUCUUAGCUUAUUUUUUAAGUUCUAUAUUUACGUUUUGAAUAAAGUAAAUAAUAAUGAAAUAAAAAACAUUGACGAUUCUAGGGCUUACAAAGUAUUCAGUUCUACUCCAAAAAGCAUGCAAUGUUUUGAAAUAAAAGAGAAUAAUAAAAACAGUUGUGAUACCAUUGGAAAACCCAUUCCGCAUGCAUCUGCGUUAAAACAUGCGACAGGUGAAGCGAUAUAUUGUGACGAUAUGCCUAUUUUAAAUGAAGAACUAUUUCUCUGUUUAGUAUUUAGUACCGAGUCACAUGCAAGAAUAACAUCUCUUGACCCUAGUAAGGCUUUGUUAGAUCCCGAUGUGGUAGCGUUUUUUUCAGCAUCUGAUUUACCGAAAGAACGAAACUAUUUCGGUCCUAUAUUUAAGGAUGAAGAAAUUUUUGCGAAAGAAAUAGUGACUAGUCGUGCUCAUGUAAUAGGAGCAAUAGUUGCCAAGACUGAAAGUGCAGCACGGAAAGCUAAAGAUUUAGUAAACGUAACCUAUGAAAAAUUGAAACCUGUAAUUGUAACUAUUGAAGAUGCCAUAAAUCACGGUUCCUUUUAUUCUGGUUAUCCACAUAAAUUAGAAAAAGGCAAUAUCGAAGAAGCAUUUAAAGGAUCAAAUUAUAUCAGGGAUGGUUAUAUUAGGACUGGAGCACAAGAACAUUUUUAUUUAGAAACCGUAUCAGCUUUCGCAACGAGAAAAGAAGAUGAAUUAGAAAUUAUUUGUACUUCUCAAAAUCCUGCGGAGAUUGCACUUUUAGCUGCAGAAGCACUUGCAAUACCAAAUCACAAAGUUGUAGCAAAGGUCAAAAGAAUAGGAGGUGGGUUUGGUGGCAAAGAAUCAAGGCCAUCGCUUUUAGCUUUGCCAGUGGCUAUUGCCGCGUAUAAAUUAAAAAAGCCGGUACGCGCGGUGUUUGAUAGAGAUGAAGAUAUGCAAGUUACCGGUCAUCGACAUCCAUUUCUAAUUAAAUACAAGGUGGCUUUUGAUAAUAACGGUAAAAUCUUAGGUGCUAUUUUUGAUAUUUACGCAAAUGCUGGUAGCUCCAUGGAUAUAUCAUGUUCGAUGAUUGAAAGGGCCUCAUUCCAUGUGGAUAAUUGUUAUUAUAUACCAAACAUACGAGUAAACGGAUAUCUCUGUAAAACAAAUAUGCCAUCAAAUACUGCUUUCAGAGGAUUUGGUUCACCAAAAGCAAUGUUAGGUGCAGAAGCUGUGAUACGCGAUAUUGCCAGUACAUUAGGUAAAAGCUACGAAGAAAUCGCAACAAUUAAUCUUUAUAAAGAAGGAGAUUUAACACAUUUUAAUCAAAGUCUAAAAUAUUGCACUAUAUCUCGAUGCUGGCAUGAAUGUAUAGAUAGUUCCAGUUAUUGGCAAAGAAAAAAAAUGGUUGAAGAAUAUAACAGGUCAAACCGAUGGCAAAAGAAAGGCCUUGCUAUGGUGCCCACAAAAUACGGUAUUUCUUUUGGAGUCGAUGUAUUAAUGCAAGGUGGAGCAUUACUAAUAAUUUACAAAGAUGGUUCUGUUCUUUUGUCAAUUGGUGGAAUAGAAAUGGGGCAAGGGUUAUUUACAAAAAUGAUCCAAGUUGCAUCUAAGGCUUUAAAUGUUGAUAUAUCCAAAAUUCAUAUAAAUGAAAUGGCAACUGAUAAAGUCCCAAAUAGUGUACCAACUGCUGCAAGCGUUAGUUCUGACCUGUAUGGAAUGGCUGUGAUAAAUGCGUGCAAUAUUUUAAAUGAAAGAUUGGAACCUUUCAAAAUCCAGAAUCCUGAUGGCAAAUGGGAAGAUUGGGUUUCUGCCGCACAUUUGAACAGAGUUAAUCUCUCAGCCACUGGAUUUUACGCAGCCCCUAAAAUAGAGUACAAUCGCGAAAAAAAUUAUGGCGAUUUGUUUGAAUACUUUACAUAUGGUGUAGCAUGCUCUGAAGUUAUUAUCGAUUGCUUAACUGGCGAUCAUCAAGUCCUUAGAACAGAUAUUGUAAUGGACUUGGGGGAAAGUUUAAACCCCGCAAUUGACAUUGGUCAAAUUGAAGGAGCAUUUAUCCAAGGAUACGGAUUUUACACAAUGGAAGAGAUGUUGUUUUCUCCUACCGGUGAAGUUUUGUCAAGGGGGCCAGGAACUUAUAAAAUACCUGGAUUUUCAGAUAUCCCUAAGGAAUUUAAUGUAUCACUUUUAAAAGGUGCUCCGAAUCCACGCGCUGUCUAUUCUUCUAAGGCUGUUGGAGAACCUCCUCUUUUCCUGGCUGCUUCAGUUUUCUUUGCAAUCAAGGAAGCUAUUAAAUCUGCACGUAAAGAUGCUGGAUUUUAUUCGGAUUUCACAUUGGAAGUGCCUGCUACUUGUGCAAGAAUUAGAAUGGCUUGUGAAGAUCAUAUUACAGAACAAGUAAAGCCAACAAUCAAAGCUGGAGGCCAACCGUGGAACGUUACUUCUUAGGAAACCCUAAAUUCAGUACUUUUCCGCUGAUGUUAUAAUAAGUACCUGUAAAAAAAAUGUUUUAAUUACGUCAUUAGAUAGGCAAAUGACUUUGGUAGUUAUUUAUAGUGAAAAAAUAACUCAUUGGGAUAUUUCGUAAUAAUGUAUACGUAAAUAUACAAUUAAUAGAUACAUUAGGUAAUCAAAACAUAUUAUGGUGAAAUGACAGACUGGAACAUUCCGAUACUAAUAUUAUACGAAUUUCAUAAUAGUUAAAUUAAAUUAAGAAAUAUUUACUUAAAUAAGUUUUGUUGCAGUCGUCCUUGAAAGUACGAGCCACUCGCACAUUUUAAAAAUGCUUCAUUCUUCUAGUUUUACUAUUAAUAAUCAUCACAAACGAUUUAUAUAUUUGUAGCCAAAGCCGACCACUGUGGCCGAGUGCGCCUUUGAGAAUAUUAUAGGGAACUCACGUAAAUUGAAACCUACCUACUUAUUUAUGUAUUUAUUGUCAUUAUUAGUGGUGGUGGUAGCAUUACAACUUGUAAUAAACCUUUUCAACACUUUUGAGGCUUGUUAUAAAAUAAAACGCUGUUAAUAUAUUUUUUUAUUUGUGCCAUUUUAAUCCUCUUUUUUUACUUUGAACACAGACUUUCAUAGAUCUUCCAAUAAAAAGAAAUUAAAGACAAAAUAAUAAUAAUCCACCGCAAUGAUAAGAGAAUUUAUAAAUAUGUUGGAUAUUGAGAAAACCGGAAAGGACAGGAUUGAAACUAACGCAGUUUUUCGAAAUCCGAAAUUAUCUUAGCUAGGUAUGGGUAUAAUAUUCUCGUACAUUAACCAGAUAAAACUUAACUGCCUAAAAAUAUUUACGUCUAACCUAACUUUCGAUUUUGGUAUUAAAUCUAUUAAAGGAAUGUGAAAUU